UUAUUUGCUCCUUCACAGGGCAAGACUUGCACAAGCCAUAUACCGAGCAUCGCUAGCCAUCUGCCCAGCGAUCACCGGCGAUCUCGAGUCCGACCCAGGGAUCUGCAGCGAUCCCAAAGCGCGCGCUGGUGUGCUAUUGUCUGGCAGCGGCGGGCUGAUAACUAUAAAAAAUCCCGCACCCUGCACCCUGCUGUUUUUGAAUUGACUCCGCGCGUGUUCCUGCCGAGAGUGCUGAGGUGUCGUGUGGCGAGCCGUCCCCUCUAUCCCCACGCGGCACGGAAGGAAGAUCCACUUCAUCUUCGGUUCGAGUGCCUUGAUCUUCGCUCGUUUGGUUAUUUUUGGGGCUCUUCAUUUGAAAAGAGCGAGCUACACACAAGCGGAUCGCGCCUGUUUUGUGUGUAGGGCAACAUCAUUGCUGCUGCUGCUGCUGAAAGCGAGCGUGGAGGAAGAGAGCCUGUGCAGGCACAGCUUGGGAGCGAGGAAAGAGGAAGGAGAGCAGCGGCAAGGGCUACAAUGGGGGAAACAUACCGACGAAGCGUGAAAAUCUUCAUCGGGGGUCUUUCGUUCGAGACGACCGACGAGGCUCUCAAGCGGUAUUUCGAGCAAUUCGGUCCCGUCGCGGACGCGAUCGUUAUGAAGGACGCGGUAUCGCGACGAUCGCGAGGCUUCGGGUUCAUCACCUACAUGAAUUCGGCGAGCGUGGAUGCCGCGCUUUCCGUGAAGCAGCACAUCGUAGACAACCGGAGAGUAGAGGCCAAGCGAGCCGUUCCGCGAUCGGAAGUCCCUCCCAAGGUGGAGCCGCAACAGCAGUUGGCGCAGUCGCCGUCAAUCCAGUCGCAAAACUCGUGGGACCCGCCAUUCGCCAUGGAAAGUUACGCCUUGCGAGGCGUUACCGCCGAGGGGCGUACAAGGUCCAAUAGCACCGUCAGUGCUAGCAGCAUGGGCGGCUUGAUCACGUUGGAUGGGGUGCCGAUGGCAACGAAGAUCUUCGUCGGCGGUUUACACUACGAAACCAGAGACGCCUCUCUCCAAGCGUACUUCGAACAGUUCGGGCCCGUGCAGACGGCUGAGGUGAUGUUCAAUCGCGAGACCCACAAGUCUCGAGGCUUCGGGUUCGUGGUGUUCGAGUCGGAAGAAUCCGCCAACGCGGUACUCCAGAGCUCCCACCACACCGUCAACGGCAAGGUGGUGGAGGUCAAACGCGCCGUUCCCCGAGCGCAGAGUAGCACAGGAGGGAGCAACCCGAGUAGCCCCGCAAUGAUGGGGUACCCCCCAUCCCCAAGCGCGCUGGGACCUGGGAUGGGUGGGGGGCCGAUGAACAAGCCGGCUUCGGCUGCAGCAGCAGCAGCAGCUGUGGCGGCGGCGGCGGGGGCGAAGAGACCGCAGAGACCGCAGAGACCACGCCCCCCUCGAGAUAACAUGGUGGGGCCCAACAACGGUGCAGUCCCCGGAACGCCCCCUCAGCGGCCACGCUACCCACCCACAACCUCGUACGCUGCGGUGUUGCGGUUCGGCGCCGGGCGCCAGCAGCAACAUCAACAGCACACGGGGAGUGUGCCGCAGCACGGGGGAGGGGGAGGGGGAGGGAAGCCGCCCCAGCACCACGGUCUCAUGCAAGCGCGCGAGGAGAUGGCGAGCUUCCGUCUCCACGGGUCUCACUCGAGCUUCUUGCCCCCGAGCGCGGCGGCGCGUGCGGAGGCGGCCGCCGCUCACGCGUUCGUGCAGGAGCUCAAGGCGUGGGACGUAGAGAACCCAGGACAAGGGCUUAGCUUCGAGGAGCCGCUUGACUACUACAGCGAACUGCCCCAGCCCCAGCAGCAGCAGCAGCAGCAGCAGCUUCAGCGCGGACCGUCCAUGGAGUUCAACACUCGCACAGAAACGAGUGGGGCGGGUGGAAGCAAUAACGGAAGCUACGGCAACGGUGUCACCGGGUCGGUCACAUGGCGGCCAGGGCCAGGAAACGGGCAACCAUCAGCUCAGAGGGCGGCGUGGGCACAGCACGGGCAGGCCGGCAGUACGAUUAGGCAGCAGCAGCAGCAGCAGCAGCAACAGCAACAGCAGGCACACGGACCGCCAGGCGACGCGACGCGCUUACUGGCUCACAACAGCAGGGUGGAAGACGUAUCUCCUCGUCACUCGGACAAUUUCUCGACCUUCUCGCACCACGAGGACGGGACCGCUGCCGCUUGCCCGGACGGCAUCGACACUCACACGCACCUCUCCAUCUCUACCGGAGCAGCACAGAACGGCGACGGCGGCUACCACAACGGCCACGGGCAGCAGCAGCAGCAGCAGCAGCAGCAGCAGCAGCAGCAGUCGGCCGCGGCUUUGAACGAGGCUCCGAACGGCAAAAUGACGAGCCCUGGCGAAGCGGGCGGCACGCCGGCGCUGAUGGGGUCUUCUCCGCUGCUGGGGAGCAACGGUCUGCUGGAGACGGCGUUUGCGGACCUCAAGCUGGACGGUCCGAACCCAAACCAGAACGGCGACGGCCCAUCGAUGUUGAGUGGGAUAGGAGGAGGUGGUCCACCCUCGGCCUCUUCCGAGGCGCUCCCUUACGGCAGAGCAGGCGGGGGCACCGCGGUGGACGGGGGGGGCGGCUCGGAAGGGUUGGCCGCCAGCAGCGUGUGGAGGGCGGAUGCGUUUGGGUCCGCCCUGGGUGUGAGUGUCCCCAGGACGGUCGACGAAAUAGGGUCCAUGCCCAUGAGCGAGAGGAAGGACAUCAUGGGCGUAGAGGGGCUGGGCGAGCGGUUUAUGGAAUCGUUCGGGACCACCGGUGCGGGGGGCGGGACGACUCACGUGAACAUGGGGUGGAAUGCGUUCAUCGUGUGUGAUAGGCGGCCGCAGCAGUCACAUGCUGUGUUUUGCCGCCGCGAUCGGACCCUGUGGCCCUAGAAAAUAGAACCGCCCAACACCAACGCAGAAAAAAGGAUAGCAGUGCUGCAAUAUCGAGGAUAGACUUUCUGUAGACACUGGCCGUAGUAGCAGUUACGGAGUAAUUUAGUGAGUGUGUGGAGGAGGAGAGAACGGGGU